AUGCACAUACUUUCAGUUAUCUAUUCACCCAUAUCACAUGCAUAUUUCUUGUAUAUACAUAAUUACUUUCACUUUUCUCUAUUUCUUUGCGCAGCGGAAAAAGUGGAAAAGGUCAGUAUCGAUCUCGAUUCGAAAACAGUGCUUGUGACAUCGAAUCUGACUUCAGAAGAAUUGUUGGAAACUAUCAAGAAGACUGGCAAAGCGACGCAAUAUGUAGGGGUGAAAGAAUGAAACGAACUUUUUUGCAAGUUCCGCAAAAUUGCCAAAUUAAAAAUGGAAGUUUAAUGGGUGUAAUCAAGUAAGUAUUCAAGAAUUAACGUGGCGGCGAUAGGCUUAACAGUGAAACUGUAAAAGGCCAAUUAAAUUUAUAUUUUGCGAUUAUAAAAAAAAAAAAAAAAAAAUCGUUACCUAUAAACGAUCCAUUGAGUUAUACUCUCAACAAA